GGGUUUCACCAUGUUGGCCAGGCUGGUCUUGAACUCCUGACCUGAAAUGAUCCACCUGCCUUGGUUUCCCAAAGUGCUGGGAUUACAGGUAUGAGCCACUGCACUGGGCUUAAGAUAGAUUUUUCCAGGAUACCCAUUUCGUUCUGAGAUGUUGAUUUCUAUUUUAAACUUGUUUUUUGAAUGAUCUCUGCUCCUUGGCUCUAUGAUAGGAAUUCUCAACCUGAGUGAGCAAUUCAAACUGAGAUUACUUGUGUUUAGACUCAUAUUUUGGAUAACAUAUGACUUCUCCCGUAUGCCCCAGAAAGCUGCUAAUAACUUGCUCAACCUGAAAUUUACAGUUUUCCAAAUUACAGGUUGGCAGAGAUACUGGAUUGAUAACAUCCACAGUUAUGAUAUAAUCAUUCUUAUGCUGUAAACAAAAUGAUUUUGGUUAGCAGAAUUUGAUAACUGUUAACUACCUACUAGGCACUAUUGUAGCCACUUUAUGUGCUUCAUGACAUCUUAUGAGAUAGGUACUAUUAUCCUCAUUUUGCAGAUGAAGAAACUGAGGUACAAGGAGGUAUUUUCUCAAGGUCACACAACUAGGGAGUGGUGGCACUAGAAUGGGAACAUAGGCAGUCUUUCUCCAAAGCCUAUGUUGUGCUGCCUCUUGAUGGAGAGUAAACCUGUUUUAUAGUGUGUGUAGUAUGGAAGCAGCAUAAUAAUAAGAAUAGCUGUUCCUUAUUGAGCCAUUACUGUGGCAGACACUGUACUAUAAGCUGCAAUAUCACCAUUAUAUCAUUUGAAUCUCAUAGUAGCCCUGUGAAUUAGAGGUAUGUAAAUGCUUCCUCCUCUCCCAGCACCUUUACAGAUGAGGAAACUGAGCCCUAGAGGUGAAGAAAGUUGUCUAAUGACAGAGUGCUGGUAAGAGGUAAAGCCAAGACUUGAAGCUCUUUCUUGCAGUUAUUGGAUUUCUCCUAAUUUAUGGGAACUAAUACAGUACAGUAGCUAAGGAUGCAAGUACUGAAACCAGAAAUCUUGCCUCAAAUGCCAUUUCUGCCACUUGAGCUGUGUACUUUGGACAGAUUAAUCUCAUCUUUCCCAUUUGAAAGUCAGACAUAAUGUCUUCCCUAGAGGCUGUAAGGAUUAAGUGAGGCAAGUGUAUAUAAAUGGACUGAGCUCAGAGCUUGGCUCACAACACUCAGUAAUGAUCACUGCCCAAUAUUUUUUGUGUAUAAAUAAAUAAAUACACUAUUUCCCCCAUGUGUCCAUUUUUAAAAACAUUGUAUAGUGAAUUUGUUGUAUGUUUCUCGGAUUAACAAUUGCACACAGUGCUUGAAAUGUAGAGGUAUUUCACCUGAAAAGACAUCUAGAGGUUGAAAGAAAACAUGCUGGGCAUAUGAUUUGAAAAUAUAACUAACAUGCUAUUUAAAAAGUUUACCCUAUGUUUUCUAUCUUUUCUGCACCUAGAUAUAUCAUUUAAUAAGUAAUAGCAAGGAUAAUCGUCUAUUUUUUUAAGCCCUGGAAAACCUUGAUUGAAGAGGACAUGUCAGUAUUGCAAAUAAAUGCAUGGUAUUUGUGUAACAUUGUGGAAACUAAUAAACACAAAUUGUACUAUAGCAUUUUUUUCUUGCCAAUUUUAUUGACAAAUAAUGUAUAUACAAUAAACGACAUCCAUUUAAAGAGAACAGUUUAUUGGCUUUUGGCGGUUGUAUAUACCCAUGGAAUUACCACCACAAUUAAGACACAGCAUUUCUGUCAUUUCUAAGAUUCCUUGUGUCUCUUUCCAAUGCAUCUCACUAAGUCCUAGGCAACCACUUUGCCCAAGGCUCUAGACUAUCUUGGAAGUGGAAUAACUUUGUGUAUGUUUAACUCUUGAAGAAACCUCUCAAAUAGUUUUCCAAAGUGGUUAUGCCAUUUUACAUUCCCAACAGCAGUGUAUGUGAGUUCCAGUUGCUCCGUAUCCUUCUGCAGUUGGUGUUGGCAAUCUUUGAAGUUUUACCCCUUCACGUGGAUGUGGAGUUACGUGUAUUGUGGUUUGUAUUUCCCUUAUGACUACUGAUAAGCAUCUUUCCAUGUGUUUACUGGCCAUACAUAUAUCUGAUUUGGUGAAGCAUUCAAAUCCUUUGCCCAUUUAAGAAAUUGGGUGGGUUUUUCUUAUUGAAUUAUAAGAGUUCUUUAUACAUUCUGUAUACAAACUCCUUUGUCACAUAUUGGAAUGACGGUUUUAAAAUAGUAUUUGGUAAGUAAUAAUGUUAGGCUAGGUACUUUACAAAGCCGUAUGACCACAGUACUACAGAGAGGUUGAACAAACUGCUAAACCUAGAAAUCUGUCAAGGGAGGCCUCUACUUUUUUGCCCAGAGCGCUGCGACCAAGAAACCCACAACAAAACCUUAUUUACUCUUAAAAGCCAACAGAGAUGAUAUAGCUUUAAAAAUAACAAAAAUCCCACCAUGUAUCUUUGUUGUUGAUGUUGCCGGCAACCUGCCUACUAUCUCCCAGGACCCCUCUUAAAAUCGAAGUUAAAACCUCAACAUAGGAACGCCGCGAUCAGGGCUCCGUUGGUCCAUUUUAGAAUAUCGGGCAGGUAUCUUUGACGGUAUUCAUGUCAUUUAAUUAUCUACAUGACGUCCUUUAGGGGAUAAUAAACUCGUCGGGCUUUUCUGUUUGGCUUUGAACCAGUGUCAUGAGACGGAAAAGGCCCGACCAGAGGGCGGACAGGUACCCGGUUCCCAGCGUCACUGCUACUCGAUGUCCCGGAAAGCUGGACGCCGGCCGCGCAUGCGCCCCACGGCCCGCCCGGUUCCACCUCCCUGGAAGAGGGGUGGCGUUGCCUCGGUAACCGGAGUAAACAGAGGCCUCCGGCAGAAGCUGUGAAGAGAGGAGCCGCUGCGGUCAGUACCUUCGAGGAAAUGAAGGAACCAGAUGAUCAGGAUACUGAUGGGGAGAAAUCAGUUACAUCAAAGAGUGAUGGGAAGAAGUCUCUGAGGUCUUCUAAAUCGGAAUCAAGAUCUCCUGUUCAAGAAGAUGACACGUUUUUAGAAGAUGCCACAGAUGAAACAUUUACUGAAGGGGAAGAAUCAUAUUUAGAAGAAGACUCAGAUGAGGAACGUUUGGAAGGAAGUUUGAGUUCAUUUCAGUAUGAUGAUUUGCAAAGCACUAGAGUAUCUCAGCAAACCCCUGCCCCAGCUGUGGAAGAGGCAGAGGAGGAAGUUAAGAAGAAAAUAUCAGAGAGCUUCUUCUAUGAUUAUAUGGAGCUUGCUUCGAUGCCUUUUGUGACUCUGGAUUCAGACAUACCACUGGAUCUUCUCACACUCGUACAUUCUUUUGGUUAUGACUGUAGAAAGCGAGCUAACCUACAACUUCUGGACAACAGUAUCGCAAUAUACAUAGCUGGGAACCAACUGAUCUUUCUGAAUUUGAAAACCAAGGAACAGAUCUACCUGCGAAGUAGCAGUGGUGAAGGAAUUGGCGUCAUUGGGGUUCAUCCACAUAAAACUUACUUCACAGUAGCUGAAAAAGGGAGUUUUCCAGAUAUUAUCAUUUAUGAAUAUCCUUCUCUGAGACCAUACAGAAUCCUUCGAGAUGGGACUGAGAAGGGAUAUGCUUAUGUGAACUUUAACUACAGCGGUACCUUGCUGGCGUCUGUCGGUAGCAACCCUGACUACACACUGACUAUCUGGAACUGGAAAGAGGAACAACCCAUACUGAGGACAAAAGCUUUUUCUCAGGAAGUUUUUAAGGUUACUUUCAAUCCUGAUAACGAAGAGCAGCUUACUACAUCAGGAUCAGGCCACAUCAAGUUCUGGGAAAUGGCUUUUACAUUCACAGGUCUCAAGCUGCAGGGAUCACUAGGUCGAUUUGGCAAAACAACCACUACUGAUAUAGAAGGCUACAUGGAACUCCCAGAUGGGAAGGUGCUCUCAGGGUCAGAAUGGGGCAACAUGCUGCUUUGGGAAGGUGGUCUGAUCAAAGUGGAGCUCUGUCGAGGUACAAGCAAGUCAUGUCACAAUGGUCCCAUUAACCAGAUAAUGCUGGAUGAGGGUGAAGUUAUCACAGUUGGGUCAGAUGGAUGUGUUAGGAUAUGGGAUUUUGAGACAAUAGACACUGCUGAUAUAAUAGAUGAGACUGGAUUGUUGGAGAUUGAGCCUAUUAAUGAACUUCAAGUAGACAAGAAUGUGAAUCUCUUCUCUAUGAUAAAAAUGAGUGAAACUGGAAAUAACUUUUGGUUGGCUCAGGAUGCCAAUGGAGCCAUAUGGAAGCUUGACCUUAGUUUUUCAAAUAUUACCCAGGACCCGGAAUGCCUCUUUUCCUUCCAUUCCGGAGCUGUUGAAGCCGUGGCUGUUUCUCCUCUCACUUAUCUCAUGGCCACAACUGCCUUGGACUGCUCUGUUCGAAUCUAUGAUUUUGCUAGCAAAACUCUUUUGACUCAGAUGAAAUUCAAACAAGGAGGUACUGCCCUUGUUUGGGUACCCCGAAUGGUAAACUUCACUGGAGCAGAAAUUAUUGUAGGAUUUGAAGAUGGAGUUGUUCGAAUUCUUGAACUUUAUGAUCCAAAAGGGCUCACGGAUUUUGUGGGACGGAAGAAAAUUUCGGAUGCUGAUAUUCGCUUGAAACAGGUUUUCAAACCCCAUACUGCUCGUGUCACUGCUUUAGCUUAUGAACGUGAUGGGGAAAUUCUAGCCACAGGGAGUAAAGAUCAAACUGUUUUCUUCUUUGAAGUGGAAAGGGAUUAUAAGCCAAUUGGUUAUAUUAAUACUCCUGGACCUGUGUGUCAGUUAAUGUGGUCUCCUAUGUCUCAUCUUGAAAGUACUUUACUAAUUAUCUGUGAAAAUGGCUAUAUUCUUGAAGCUCCAGUUCCAACCAUAAAUCUAGAAGAGGAUGAUCAUGAUGUAGUCUCCUAUGAAAUCAAAGACAUGUGCUUAAAAUGUUUCCAUUUUUCAAGUGUCAAAUCUAAGAUUCUGAGAUCAAUAGAAAUUGAAAAGAGGGAGAGACAAAGGAAGUUGAAGGAAAAAAUAAGGGAAGAAAGGAGGAACAAGCUAGCAGCAGAGAUGGGAGAAGAUGGAGAAAAAGAAUUUCAGGAGGAGGAAGAGGAGGAAGAGGAGGAGGAGGAAGAAGAGCCUUUACCGGAAAUAUUUAUUCCAUCAACCCCCUCUCCCAUCCUCUGUGGAUUUUACUCGGAGCCAGGGAAGUUCUGGGUUUCUUUGGGUGACUACGAUUCUGGUUUUCUGUAUCACUGUGAGUUCCCCCCUUGUGAUAAAAGCAGUGAUUUCAAGGAACAAAAAGAUGAACCUAUUGAUGUCCGUUAUCUUGAGGAUACAGAGGAUAAUCCCAUCCAAACUAUCACUUUCAAGAAAGACAUCAAGGCCAAACUGCCAUCUCCCAGGUUUGGAAUUGAAACAGAGCCAAUUCCAGAAGACAUUGAAGAUCCCAAAGCCUACAGUAUCGAGAAUGCUAGGAGAAAAAGAGAACAUGACAAGUUAAUGAAAGAAGUGGAAGAAAUAAAGGCACGGAAGAGAGAGCAAAUCAAAGCUUUGAGGACUGAAUUUUGUAAACUAUUAGAAAUGAAUGAAGAAUUACCAACGCAUAUGCAGUUUAAACGAACAGAUUUUGAUGUAGAUUCCAAAAUCCGUGCUGAGAUGCACAGAAAAACAGCUUUCAAAAUUCAACAAGUGGAAAAGGAAUUAGCUUGGGAAAAAGAGAAACAUGAACUCGGCCUAAAGAAGCUAAAGAAUCGAUUUCGAGAUCCAUUGGAAAGUGAUACUAUUGUGGUUCAUGCCAUACUAAGUGACCACAAGAUAACCUCUUACAGGCUGGUACAGCCCUCUAAGUACUCCAAAUUCAAACGAACUAGUCAAUCAGAGAGAAAACCAAGCAAACUGGACAGGUUUGAAAAAGAGGGAACUGGAAGAAAGGACAGCCAGAGAGAUGCAGGUGGGAGCAUUGCCAUACAAGAAGAAUCAAUAAUAGAAAAAGGGAAGAAAUUUCGGCCUAAAACCCUAAGUGAAAUUAUGGUGGAAAAUCAAAUCGAGAAAACAAGAAAACUUAUAUUGAAAGCUGAAAGGGCACAAUUAAAGAUUCAACAGCGAAAAAAAGAAUGGGAGGAACUAUACAAGAGUAAACCUGGUGACGACUAUGAAGAUCCUAAAGAUCUUCAAGCCAUCAAAGAAGCCCAGGUGUAUAUGGGAGAUUUCAAUCUGAAGACAGCCCCAGACUAUAAGAUACAUGAGCACAUGAGAAUAAAUGCUGCCAAGAAGGAAGAGGAACUAGGACACCUAGAUUCUUUGGUCCAUGGAAAUAAAAGGUACAUGAACAAGUGCAUUCUCUCUCUUAGAGACCUUAAAGUAGCUGUUGUUGAGGAAAUACAGUGCCUGGUACAAGAACUGAAGAACAUUCAGUUGACUCUUCACGUAUCCAAGCACAUACCCAUUCCCCAAAUUCCUCAGAUACACCCGGAAGAAGUUCCAGAAAAGAGAUUUCAGUAUGAUGAAGAAGCUCUCCUAAAUUUUAAGCAACAGCAUAUGAAAAGUGACGAUGAAAAGUCCCCUGGAGUGGAACAGACAGGGUCUGGAGGCCCAGGUGGAGGAUUUCUCAAGCUCUCUUCUGGAAAGGAUGGGGAUUUGACAACCCGAGAUUCAAUGUCUAGAUCAUCAAAGGCAUCAACACUCAGCCUAGAUAUACCAAAGUAUAUGGAAUUUGAAAAAGCAGAGCCAACGGAUGUGGAGCUGGAAAUUAUGAAGAGAGAUGAGAUUAAACACGUGUACAUGCAACAGUAUUUGGUCAACAGGGUGAAAGAACUGAUUGUCACUUUUGAUGCAGAACUCCGUCUCCUUAGACAUCAGAAACUGAAACUAGAUACUCAGAUGAAAUUAUCUGACCUGCACCAUGUCACCUUAUUUCAAGAAAUACUUCUCCUGAAGAAUUUUGAAAAACAGGAGAACAUACUUCAAGAGCGUGUUAAUUCCUUGGACAAAGAGGAACAGUACAUGCAAUGGAAAAUAAAUGAAACUCUUAAAGAGAUGGAAGAGAAAAAGAAUGAAAUCACCAAACUCCAGGAGCAAGAAAAGGCACUCUAUGCUGGUUUUCAGACAGCCAUUGGAGAAAACAAUAAAUUUGCAAACUUCCUCAUGAAGGUCCUAAAGAAGAAGAUUAAACGGGUAAAGAAAAAAGAAGUUGAAGGAGAUGCUGAUGAAGAUGAGGAGAGUGAGGAAUCAAGUGAAGAAGAAUCUAGCUUGGAGAGUGAUGAGGAUGAGUCUGAAUCCGAAGAUGAGGUUUUUGAUGAUUCUAUUUGCCCAACAAAUUGUGAUGUGGCUCUUUUUGAGCUCACCCUUCAACUUCGAGAGAAAAGGCUGGACAUUGAGGAGGCUUUAGUUGAAGAAAAGAAAGUUGUUGAUAACCUCAAAAAGGAAUAUGAUACAUUGUCCAAAAAAGUGAAAAUUGUGGCAACUAAUCUGAAUGCAGCGGAGGAGGCCCUGGAGGCUUAUCAGCGAGAGAAGCAGCAGCGACUGAAUGAACUGCUAGUUGUGAUUCCACUCAAGCUCCACCAGAUAGAGUAUGUGGUAUUUGGAGAAAUACCUAGCGAUCUUUCUGGUACUUUGGUCUUCUCUAACCAUGCCUUGAGACGGCUGCAAGAACGAAUCCGUGAGCUCCAGGAGGAAAAUUCCAAGCAGCAAAAACUCAACAAAGAAUGGAGAGAGAGACGUAAACAGCUCAUCCGAGAAAAGAGAGAAAUGACAAAAACCAUACAUAAAAUGGAGGAAACAGUCCGUCAGCUCAUGAUCAGCAAGUUCGGCCGUGUGGUAAACCUGGAAGCCCUUCAGACGCUUUCUGUUAAUACAACACUUGAAGAACUGAAGAUCAGAAAACUUCGAAAGGAGCUAGCGAAUGCGAAGGAGAUGAAGAUGUGGGAGGAAAAGAUUGCUCAAAUGCGAUGGGAACUGAUGAUGAAGACAAAAGAACACACCAGAAAGCUUUAUCAGAUGAAUGAUUUGUGUAUUGAAAAGAAGAAACUUGACUCUCGGUUGAAUACACUACAGAAUCAGCAGGGCAAUGCCUUCCAGAGCCUUCGGGAAGCAGAUGUUGUGGCAAGAGAGGAGGUCACUGAAUUGAUCCAACUCCAGGCGGAAAGGAUUUCAGCCUUAAAGGAGGAGAUUGCUCUUUUGCGUAGGAAAGGUGGUCUUAUCCUCCCCCCGAUUCGGUCUCCACAAGAGAAAGAGAUGCAGCCCGCGGACCUUUGAGUUUGCUGUUUUUGCAAACCCAUGCAAGAUUUCUGACAUAACUCACCCGAAGUUCUGUCUCCUCGUCACCUCCAACAAUCUUAUUACUUUAAAGUUAACUUGUUUGAAAGUCUAAAACCAGAUCCAGUCACAUAGCUUUAAGAAUCUCUCUACAAUUUGGUUAUCUUAGAACCCAAUGUAGCACCCAACCUCUGUUAUGAAACGGAAUCAUUUUAGAUGUUUUGAACCCACUAGAUUGAAUAUGAAGUCUCAGAAGGCUGUUUCAUGAUUGCUGUAAAUCAUCUGUAAUAUAUUUUGUUUUAGGAAAAUUCGAUUCGGGGGUAUGCUGAAUUUUUAGCCAUUGGCAAGAAAAACUAUCAUUCAGCAAUUCGUGAGAAAACUUUGUUUUCUUGAUCCUUAGAAAAUAAACUUAGAUGUCAUUAAGUGUUCUCUGAGAGGAUGCAGGAGAAAAAGACAUUUUGCCAACUAUAUCUUAGAGCAGAAUUGCAACUUUCAGUUUUGGCAUUGUUGACUUCAUAAAGCAGUUAUUUGAGGGCUCGGGAGUCAGGAAAUACAAACAGAUACGGCAGAGCGGUUUGCUUUGGGUUGGCAGAAAGCAGGAAAAUAACCAGCCUUCUUGGAUAGCCCAGUUUUUGUAGACUCCUCAGUUAUGAGUGGACCAGAGGGGUGUGCUUAAUAAAACAGUCAAUAAGGAGGCUUUUCUCUAAAGAUUCUGCAACUCCAUCAGAAUUCUAAGUUUUCCCCAUAGUUUCUCAUGUCCUCUGCCAUUUUCUUCAGGUUUUACUUGGGCCAUUUGCUGGUUUUGAUAUAGACGAGGAGACAAUGAAAUAGAUUUACCUUAGAGAUCAUCUUUCACAAUCACUUUUGAUUACGCAUAACAUUUUAAACUAAUUUAAGAGCAUCCUUUUGGUUUGGGGGUAAGUGCUCAUGGAAGCUCAUGGCUGUAACCACUGAAGGAUAAUCUCACUGACAUUUGGAAUCCUGUUAGUAACAGAGCAUAGCUCUUUAGAUUAAGACCUUUGUAUUAAUGAGCAACUCCAUUGAGGCUGUUCCAGGAUAAGCUGGUCACCGAGAAGGGUGGGUGAAGAAGGGAACAUUGCAUAAAUAUAGAAGGGAACUCAGCAAUGCCAAGUCUUCCUCACCUGUGAUUAACCUGCUAAUCUGCCCCCCAAAAUUAGAUACAGGACUUGCUUUCUUUGUAUAUCAGAAUAUUCUUAGAGGUGGCAACUUGGCCUAUUUUCUUCCUAAGAUUCCUUCAUAUUCCUAUUUAAGAGGUCAGAAUACCUUAUUGUUUUCACUUGUCACCAUUAAUUUCUGAUGUAGUCACUUCUCUACUGAAGAGCACCCACUUAUUUUUAAAAAAUCACUUUCUUUGUUGUAUAUCCUAAACCAUGUGUGCCUUUUGAGUAUUUUUAAAACUAUGCAAGUCAUAGCCCUGAGUGCCUUAUUUAUUGUGGUAAAAAAUUACCCCAAACUUAGCUUGAAACAACAAACUUAUGAUCUGACCCAGGAGUGAGAGGGUUUCUGAGGUCCAGGAAUCUGGGGACAGUUUGGCUGGGUGUUCUGGCUCAGGGUCUCUCGUGGAGUUGCAGUCACACUAGGAGCUGGGGCUUCAGCCAUCUGAAGCUUGGCUGGAGCUGGAGGGGCUACUAACAAAUUCACUCCCUUGGCCAUUAGGCAGGGCUUCAGUUCCUCGCCAUGUGGGCCUCUCCAUAGGGCUUCUCAGGACAUGACUUCUCCCAGAGCAAGUGAUCCAAGAGUGAGGCAGAGAGCAAGAGAGAAUGACGCACACAAGAGCCACAGUCUUUUACAGCCCAAACCCAGAAGUGACAUACCGUCACUAUUGUCAUAUGGGUUACAGGCUGACCCUAUGUGAUGUGGGAGGGGGCUGAACAGGGUGUAAAUGUCAGGUGAGGGUUACGGGGGCCUUCGUAGGGGCUGGCGGCUGCAAGCAGCAGCUACCUAGAGAGAGUGGCUGGUCUCUGAGAAAGGUCUAGAGGCGAUACCAUCCCCUUCGUAAGAGAAUCAGGAGAAGUUAUGUUAUCUUCCUGGGCCUUAUUACCUGACAAAUGAAGGAUUGGUAGAAUGGAUUCCUUCCCAUUCUGAAAUUCUGAUUCUGAUUGCAGCAAGAGUGAACCUAGAGUCUAUGGAAGAGCCACGUCAGGAUUCACUGCGCAUUUCAACUGAGAGGAAAACUAAUCGGGAUAAUUAUUCCCAAACUGAGCUAGACUAAAUCACUAGUUAAUUCUGCAAUAUUCAGGGCUUCAUUCCGCAUGUUUGCGGAAUUGACAAGACAGUUAACACUCAAUUACUUUAUUCUGAAUUGGACAAAAUACGUUGAUAGCUUUAGGUUCAUUUCAACUUGAUUCCAGGCUUAGUCUUAAAUCUGUAGUUAAGUUAGAGCACCUGAAUCUUUGGGAAGUUAAGCUUCAAACCCAAGUAGACCAGCAAGGUGUGGCAUGGGUGGGUGGCUGGGAAGCUGUCCUGCCCCUGGCACACUUUCCUGCCUCCUGCUGUGCUCCCAGAGGAGCAGCCUCACCUCUGAGGGUGAGGCCAAAAAUCAGCCUACACUGAGUUACUUGUGGGUCAAUUGUUCAUAUAACUUGGCUAUUCUGAACUCUCAUCCAUAGUAUCACCGAUGAUCAAUCUCAGCAUUAGAAGAAAAAGACACCGCAGAGUCCAGCCCCUCUCUCACGACUUCAGAAUAAAGGAGUUGCUCAUGCCUGCCAGCCAGCCUGUCCUACCACAGCGGGCUCCCCACUUAGGGAGGUCUGUGAGCCAUGCGCUAAACAUUUCUUUAGAGCUAAAACCAUUGAGAGCUAUGAUUCCAGUGCUGUGCAGAAAGCAGAUGUUUCACAUGUCACUUCAGAAAAGCUCACCAAAAUUCAUUUUUCAACUAUCUUAGAUCAUCAAGGAGAAAAAAAGGAAAAACGUAAAAAACCAGUGUGGCUAGAAGGUGAGUUACAGCUCAGAUUGGGAGGCCUCUGGAUAGCAAAGCAAUGACUGAGAGCCUUAGCUCUACCCACUCCAGAAGUGAGCUCUGGGCCGUGAUGCCAGGUUGUCUGAAAUCACAGUCUCUUAUUUUUUCUCUUCUCUUCCCUGCUCUGCUUCUCAUUUCCUAUCAUUUACCUGUUCCUUACAGUCCUUCUUUUUAAAAAAUAUUUUUAAAAUACUGCUUUCCUGAAAACCACGCUGCAUUUCCACAAGAAGUUCUCUCUGACGUUGAGCUGUUGAUGGAAAAAGGAUGCAGAAGUCUGAGGAAUAGCAGGUGCUAUACUUAUUUUGGCCAGCAGAGGAUGCACUUGCCCUAAACAGUCAGAGUGACUCAAUGUCCCAGGCUUCCCUAGGACCCUGUUUAUCGAAUUCUUCUGGUUUAGAAGCCAGGGUCUGGCCCCCACUUAAUGAGAUUGUCUCAAGUGGCAUUUCAUCUGUAACUCAAUUUUACUGAAAUCUAGAAAAUACAGCCCUCCCCCCCACCCUCUCCAGCCCCAAAACUCAAAAGUGUAGUAAGGUUUUCAUUUGCAAGCAUCAGUCUCCAUCUAGUUCCACUUCCACAUAUUAAAGAUUUUAAAAUUUCAAUUAAAAAAAGAAUCUAUGGUUGAUCCUUUGGUUGGACAACGGUAUGUAAAUGUUGAUUUUAAACUAGUGAGUCAACUACUCUGGCAAUGUUGGUGUAUCUUUGGAAAGAAGGGAAGUCACCAAGUGAAUUUAUCACACACCGUAUGUCCAUGUGUGGCAUAGCACUUAGCUAUCGUAUUUUGGAGAAAAUAUUUGGUCUUCAACACACACCUAUAUAAAAAAGAUUAGGUUUAUGUCUUCAAUAUGACCUAAAAUUCAUCUCAAGUCCAGUUGGUAAGAGAACUGUGAAUCUGUUUUUCCUGGUCUGUUGUACAACGGUUCCCUUGUGGACGAAACAGUAAUGUGUUCUGUAUGAAUCCAAGCGCAACUGACAUUCACUGUUUUAAAAAACAAAAAAGAGAAACCUUUGCUACCUUUUCCAGAUCUCAUUUCUGAAGGACCUGAAAAUAUUGUAAGUGGGUAUCUUCUUCAAAUACUCAGAGACUGAAUUCUAACAUCUAAAGAAAAUGCUGACUCACACAUGACUCAGUUGAAGGUUACAGGGAAGACUAAACAUUUAUUUAGAAGUUACAGUGUUUGUUUUUACAGAGAUAUGUUGCCACGGAUUAUUGAUUCUGGAAGGUUUUUUAAUGCUCAUAGUGCUGUACACAUCUUGGUCUGUUCUCAUGGGCAUCUUAGGAAAAUGUUUCCAGUAGCACCGGAUCCAGCCAUCUGUGUGGGUAUCUCCAGGCUGUGAUACCGUGACCCUUGCUUUUCAACCUCGUGGUUGUGAGGAACCAUGUGCCUGGGAUCCUUCCUCUUGCCAGCUUAUCUGUGGGCCUCCAGCAGCCUCGUCUGCCACUGCAGAGGCCCCAGGUUAGGAGUCUGUCCCGUGCCAGCCUGUGCGGUGCUUUCCUGGGGGACUCCUGUUAGGUGGCGGCUUCUUUCUUUUCCCUCUCCAACCUCAACAGGUAGGAUUCCUUAUGUCUCUCCAGAAUUAUAAAACAUAUACAUUAUUUACAAGUGCAUAAAUAUAUAAAUAUGGCUAUAAUAGAAAAAUAAAUACCAAUUUUCUCUGUC